AAAACUUUGAACAGUGUAUCUUCCUUUUUAGACUGUGCUGGAAUCUUUGCGUAGCAACAGCUGUUUAGCUCUAGACAGUCUGGAUGGCUGCAUCCCAGAUCAUGGAGAUGACUUCCAGUGAAGAUGAAGACCAAGACCUGAUUGAGCUCGAGGCUAUUAGGAGACCAUACAGAGCAGUGAAAUUUGAUCUGACACAUUCAAAUCAAGAAGCUCAGCAUUACCAUGAGCCCAAACACACGGAUGCCCUGAACAGGAAUAGCUGGUCUUCUUCGACCCAGAAGGUCCUGUCCUCCAUGCCUAGCCGCUCUAUCAGAUUUAAUCAGUCGACUGCGCUCUCCCGAUCCACCAAGACGAUUUAUAUAGCGCUUUAUUGUGUUUUGUGUGGUGGCUGCUACUGUAGAGUCUCCCAGCAGAAAUCCAUACAGCUCUGGCAGGGAGUGCUUAAAAACAUCAGUGCUCACUUCGGCACUGGGAUUCUGUCCUAUUUCAUCUUCCUCAGAAGACUGUUACAUUACAACAUCAUCCUCUUCCUCAUCACCGGCCUUUUCCUGGUCCUGCCACAAAUCUCGAAUCCUCCAUCAUCAAAAAACAAACCCGCAGCCACAGCUGACCUCUGGAUGCUUACUGGCAUGGGCAUUCUCACAGACUCUGUGAUGUUUUAUGGCCACUAUGCCAACUCCACCAAUGAAAAAUGCAAAGCAGAAAUAAAACUCUGUCCAGAAAAUUACAACAUGCCACUGGCGUAUAUUUUUACUAUUGGAGCAGGCAUGUUUAUCACAUGUGUACUUCUUGUUUACAGUAUAUCUAAAUCAUCCGGAAAGAGUUUCUGCAUAUUCAAGACUACCAGUAACCUAGCUUUAAAGGUUUUCUGCUCUUGGGAUUUUAAAGUCAGCAAGAAACGGUCUGUUAAGCUGCAGUCGGUGAACAUCUGCAUUCAGCUGAAGAAAGCUGUUGAUUUGCUGAAACUGCCUUUGGUCAUGUCUUGCAUCAGUCAUCUACUGCCUGGUUUCUUCGACAUGUUAUCCAGGGUGGAGCAUUACGACUCCACAAGCACUCCGAUUUAUGUGUCCAUUGUAAGGAACCUGUUGUUGAAGGGUUGCAUUUUUAGUGUAUUGUGUUACUACUGGCUCGAGAAAAUUUCUGGCGGGAAGAAUGGACAAAAUACACAGCAGUGCUGGGAGACAUUGAUUGGUCAAGAGCUUUACCGUUUGGUUUUAAUGGAUCUGCUAUUUGCGAUGUCGUACAUCGUCUUGGCAGAGUUUCUGUGGGGGCUGUGUAUUAGAAACAUCACAUUCAGAAGAAGGAAACUAGAGUUUGACAUCGCACGAGAUGUUCUGGAGCUCAUCUACGGUCAAACACUUGUGUGGUUUGGUGUGCUGUUUUCACCACUGUUGCCUGCAGUUCAAAUUGGGAAACUGUUUCUACUGUUCUACUUCAAAAAGACGAGUUUGAUGAUGAACUUUCAACCACCCAGGAAACACUGGAGGGCCACUCAGAUGAGCACAUUCUUCAUUAAACUCCUGUUUCUCCCCUCCUUCACUGGGGCCCUUGCAUGUGUCAUUUAUACAAUGUGGAGGGUCAAGCCCUCAUCAGAUUGUGGGCCCUUCAGUAACCUCCGCAGCAUGCUUCUCUUAGGCAAGACGUGGAUCAGGGACCUGGGCAAGUCGAAUCCCAGUAUGUUGUGGCUCAGCUGGGCUUAUAAUAACCUGGUGGACAACCCUUUGUUCCUCUUCAUCACUGCAGGCCUGUUCCUGUGA